GAGGAGGUGGUGGAGGAAGAGGAGGAGGAGGGAGCAGGGAGCAGGGGGCUGAGCUGAUCCCACGUGUGACGCUGUCGUUCCCGGCUCAGUAAUAUUCUCAUAGCGGGGCUUUGCAUAUCUCCUGCUUGUCUGUGUGUCUGUCACUGUUCCUGUAGUCCCAGCCGAUAGUUCGGAACAGCUAUGGAAGGAGACGGGAGUCAAGCCACAUCCGGAAGCCUAAAUGACUCACAACAUGACCCGGGUAAAAUGUUUAUCGGUGGCCUCAGCUGGCAAACCUCACCAGACAGCCUUAGAGACUAUUUUAGUAAAUUUGGAGAGAUACGAGAAUGUAUGGUGAUGCGAGACCCCACGACGAAACGCUCAAGAGGAUUUGGGUUUGUUACAUUUACAGAUGCUGCCAGCGUAGAAAAAGUCUUAGCUCAGCAACACCACGAAUUAGACUCAAAGACGAUUGAUCCUAAGGUUGCCUUUCCACGUCGCGCCCAGCCUAAGAUGGUCACAAGAACGAAGAAAAUAUUCGUGGGUGGCCUCUCAGCCAAUACAGUAGUGGAAGAUGUGAAGCAGUAUUUUGAACAGUUUGGGAAGGUCGAUGACGCCAUGCUUAUGUUUGAUAAGACUACGAACAGACAUAGAGGGUUCGGUUUCAUAACUUUUGAGAGUGAAGACAUCGUUGAGAAAGUCUGUGAAAUUCAUUUUCAUGAAAUCAAUAAUAAAAUGGUAGAAUGUAAGAAAGCCCAGCCCAAGGAGGUGAUGUUCCCGCCUGGCACGCGAGGGCGAGCCAGGGGUCUGCCCUACACCAUGGAUGCCUUCAUGCUGGGGAUGGGCAUGCUGAGUUACCCGAAUAUUGUGGCAACGUAUGGCCGUGGAUACACUGGAUUUGCACCCAGCUACAGCUACCAGUUCCCUGGCUUCCCAGCGACGGCAUACGGACCGGUGGCGGCGGCGGCAGUCGUAGCAGCGCGUGGCUCAGGUAGGGGGGCCCGUGGAAGAGGCGGCUACUUGGCGUACCCACAGAGCACAGGGCCAGGCCUCCCCGAUUAUGGGUUUUACUCCACACCCGGUGACCAAAGGGGGGGGCCCUGCUCCUUUGCUGACUAUGGCUCCCUGGGGCCCCAGGCGGCUCAGAUGCUGCACAGUGAGCAUGCCACCUCCGCCUGCAACUCCCCCCUCCAGCACCUACACAGCCCGGAUCAGUUUAAGAACCCAGGCGCCAACCCAUCAAGGCCCGGAGGUUUCCACGGAGCCAAUAGCCCAGGGCCCGUGGCCGAUCUUUACGGACCCAGCACCCAAGAUUCAGCCGUGGGCAACUACAUCAGCGCCGCCAGCCCUCAGCCCGGUUCUGGGUUCGGCCCCAGCAUCACUGGCCCCUUGAUUGCGACAGCUUUUACAAAUGGAUACCAUUGAACAGGUGGCCUGCUUGCCAUCUCAUCAGAGCAGAGUUUGUCUGGCGGCCCAGGAAAGACGGGACGAAGUUUCUAAUUGGCUUUGUGUGCAGGUGGCGCUACUGAGGCACAGCGGACAGGCUAAAAGAGCCAGCAAGUGGUAACCAUAUGAAGAAGAAAAGAAACUGUUGAGUCAUCUCAGAAAAAAAAGAACAACUGCUGUACUAUAUUCCAAACCUCCUAUAACGUCAGCGCCCUGGUUUGGUUUGAUGUUUCACGUCUCUUUCCGCCUCUUUUCUUUCCUGUGCGUCGGUUGCUCUGAUUUUAGCACCACACGAUGUUUGUGUCAUUUUGUUUGUUUUCUUUUUCUGCUUUUUAAACUGUGGUCGACAUGGCAGAAAAAAAAGAAGAAAUCAGCUUGUAAUGUCUUUGGUAGCUUGAAGGUGAAAUGAAGCAUUCAAGCUCAACCCACACACACACACACACAAAGACAGUCGCUGUGCAAGAUUCUUAGAUUUGAAAAAAAAAUCGGCAAAUCGGCUAUGAUGGUAUCAAAAUAAUAAAUCUGAGUAGCGCUUUUAUUUCUUGUGAUGUCUCAUUGAUAACCAUGAUGACCUAUUUUUAGGCAAUACAAAGAGGACUCCAAUAUUUUUAUGGUCCUUUUUUUAUAAGUGUUGUUUUUGUUGUUUAGAAAUAUAUAAAUAUUAAGUGUGUGUGAUUGUGUGUGUGUGUGUGUAUAUAUAUAUAUAUAUAUAUAUAUAUAUAUAUAUAUAUAUAUUAUACAUAUACAGUACAUACACACGCAUAUAUAUGCUAUAACAAAUUUCAUAUAAACAUUGUGAAAACUUGCGAAAAAGUAAUGUAGCUGUACAUAUUAUUCCAGUCACUGCAUAUAACCAACUCAGUGAAAGAAUAGCAUAUUUUUGUGAUGGUGUGUCAAAGAACAUGUUAUAGCGUGUGAAUAGAAGAAAAGGCUGUAAACACUCAUGAUUCUGAUGAUGAUGAUGAUGAUUAUUAUUGUUAUUGUUAUUAUUAUGAUACCUUACCCCCGCCCCGUCCCCCCCACUGGAAGACGGUAACCGCCCUUAGACCAACACACACUUGUUGCUCUGUAAAUAGUCAAAAGCUGAAUCGUUUUAUAGCGUCAAACCAGCAAAUUUAUGAAUGGUGUGUUCAGUCAGUCAAGAUUUAUGAAAUUUAAAAAAAAAGAGGAAAAAAAGAAAAAAUAACAACAAAAAAGAUCCGAAUUGGUAUCUUUUGUGAAGCUGUAAAGAUGAGGAGAAGAAGAAAAAAAAAGAUUUUAAUCCAAAGCACACUGUACUUUUAGAUUGCAUUUUGUGCAUUUAUGCGGACACUUUUAUACUCUUCUGGGUUUUCUCUUAUUGUUUGUAUCAUCCUGCUCCUUCCCAAAUUCUUUUGGGAACAAACAAUGUAUGGGCUCUGCGCAUGAGCUCGCUUGUGUUUUUGUUUUGUUUUUUGUUGUUGUUUGAAUUAGGAAAGGUUUUUUUGUUUUUUUAUACCAUACCUCAGCCUUGGGAAUUCUGUUGUGGAAUCAUGGGCAGGUUUAAUUUAUUCUCACGUAAAUGAAAACACUGAAUGAUUGAAAUAGAUCUAUUGAUUAAAAAAAAAACAGAGAGAAAAGAAAUCAUUGCACUGUGAGUAGUGAAGUACAGGCCAUUUCCUAUUUGCACAUGUUCAUGUUGGCUUUUUAAAAGGCGGCCCUGUGCUUUGGGAUUAGCGUGAAGGAUUUUUUUUUUUUUUUUUGAUUCGCCUGUUCUGAAAUAGACAAAACACCUUUGAAUUGUGAGGUGACUCAACAGCUUUGCUAAAUAGUAGUUGACAUGUUUGACCUUUGCUUUGCUUUUAUUGGACCCGUGACUCAUCUGAACGUAUUUAUUCUGGGUCUCACACUGAAUUACUCAUUCUCAAACCACAAACGUUUCGCUUGUAAUAAUAAUAAUAAUAAUAAUAAUGAUGAUACGCUCCCGGAGUGUCGUCAGCUAUUUCAAGGUCAUCCGGCGGAAUGGAUGGUGUGCAUUCUGCUGCAUAAUAAUUAUGUAUCGUUUAUUUUUUUUCCUGUUGUUUUUGUUGUUGCCGUUGUUGUUGUUCCUCCCACUUGCAAACAACCAGGUUAAGAAAUAUGCUGGAUACCUUUAAAGUCAAUGGUAUGGAAUGAUCAAGUAAUAAUUUAAAGGAGAGAAAAAAAAUACAACUUGUAAUGUUCACAUGUAAAAGAAAAUACAAAAAUGACCAAAAAAACCCAAGGACAAACAAACAAAAAAAAGAAGAAAAAAAAAGAAAGAUGCUUAUUUGCUGAUUUCUAGUUCAAUUUUGUUGUGGUUUCUAUAUGAAUAAUAAUUGUACUAUACUAUUAAAAUGUACUGUGCAUCCAUUACUUUUAUCUCUUUCCAUCCUCGGAAGAUCUUUUGUUACUCAUUCAUGUAUUUCAUGGGUGUGUAAAGAAAUAACUUGUAAACGCUGUGCUGUCUUUGCUCCCAGUCUAGUGCUUCAUUGUUGUUCUCCCCUCUGCUCCGCCUCUCCUUCCUUUUCCUCUUCCUCUUCCCUUCUCUGGCCUCCCCCCACCUCCCUUGAAGUACAAGUAGAUGUUUUGUAGAACUCACGAAUAUGAUAGAUGUAGUGACUGUAGUAGAUUUAGGACCAGUCAAGAUAGACACUAGACCUUUCUCUCAGCGACCAUGUUAGUCUCACAUCAUCACACUUGGACCUUUCAGUUCUUGUUUUUCCUUCCUCUUCUUCUACUCCUUCUUCUUCUGUUGACGUCACUUCUCUCGCGUGGUUUCAGCGAACCAAAGCUCUCGUAGAUGGACGAUAGAGGGAAACACUUGCUGGGAGGUGGAAGUGUACACAAAGGCAUUAUUUGGAUAUCCCACCCUUGAAUGUUUUUAAAGGGGUGUGCCAUACUACCUUAAAUGCUAACGCUCGAUAUGCAAAAUGUGUAUUCUUUGAUUUGCUUUUGCAAAGGGGCGCGCCGUCAUCGUUUCUCAAGCGCGAGUCCGUCGUUUCUAUCGAACCGCUGACUCUUUCAAGACCACUCUUAAAUAGUUAUGUUAGUCCAAGGGUGAUUUAUGCGGAGUUUAUAACUCCUUGAGAUGUAAUACAUUGGAAUAGAAUGGGUGGAAAAGAAAUUUGAACCCGGGCCCGAGAAUCCAAUCGCUUGAACCAGUCAUAUUCAAAACGGCAAGGGCUUCAAGUGGGAUACUUUCAUAUCGUGAUUCCUCAAAUAGUGACUGUGGGAGUGUUUGAGAUGAGGCUUCGCUCCUUGGCGCCUCUCUGGUAAUGGAGAUGGAAGUAAUUGUUGCCCACCCGCGUUUUGCGCCAUCGCAUACGAUCGAAGCUCAAGCGCUUUUUGCACUUGCGGCAAAGAAUGUAAGACCAUCCCACAUUUGCACAUUGUUUAGUUAUUUGUUUAACUGACACGUUUCUUUUUUAAACCGCCGUUUCUAAAUUUACCGUAGUUUGUCGAAAACCACAAUUGAAAUGAUACCAAAAGGAUGGUGUGAUGAACUUACCUCACUGUACUGUGACAAUUUUCUUCUUCGUUAACGUCAAUAAUGCUGUCCAAAAGCUAUGAUGUCGCGCUACAUACUCUUGUAGCUGUUUGGUAGCCUAUUCAUGUUCAACAAAUCAGGUUUUUGUGCGCCAGACCAAACAUUAGCAAUUGGUGGAAAGGCAGCUACAGUUAAGGUAAUUCUCCAUCAAAGUGUAAUUUUGGCUAGCCGGUCUAGUAGAGUGAUGGCCACUAUUUGAGGAAAUAGGAUAUUCAUAAAUUGCUCCCAUCGAGAUUGUUAUUCGACAAUUAAGUAUAAUAGAUCAACAAAUCACAGCAACUCGGACUGAAAGAGUGCUUGCCGAAUGGAAUUGAAGCUAUCACGAGCAUUCAUGUUUACGUUAAACAUGUGAAACAUUUCCACAAAAAAAAGAGAGAUUAUAAUCAAAAACAAAGACAUUUAACCUCUUUGUGCUGUUUAGCCUUCUAUCCAACAGGGUAAAAAAAAAAGUGUUCCUUCGCGUUAGUUUAACUGUAGUCUAUAUCGCCAAUAGCUUAGAAGAGAAAUAGCAUUAGCAUCAUUUUUAGAAUGAAGCCACCUGAACAGAACAAAAACUUGAACUUUCUUUGCCACCAAUGGCCUCCGUAGUGUAGUGAUGCAGUAGCUUGGACUUUAAGGUAGCAUGGCUAUGUGUGGCUCUCAUUUCAUUUGAUCGCAAACUGACAGCGCUUUGCAGCUGAUGAAUGUUACUCAUUUUAGUCGACGUAGCUUCUCCAUUCAGGGAGAGGGGAGGGGGACUUGGUUUAAGAAAAAAAAAUCUUUGGAAAAAAAAGCAAUUAAAAAAAAGUCCACCUGGAAGGUGUUGACAUUUAUGUACUACCGUAUCCAUUGAAACUUGAAUCUCGAGGCAAGUGCUAGGCAAUGGCCACACUUCACUUAGCUCGCCCACACGCUGACUUUUCUGUCAUCUUGUCCGCUAGACAAGCAGCGGCUCCGCAUCCACUCAAUUCCACUCUUGAAUGUUCUCCGUCAACGCCACCCCAGAAGAAGCUUAACAAAGCGGCGCUUUUCGAUAAGCUAUCUUGUUUGAAAAAGUGGGCUGUCACCGUGACCACAAAGUUAGUCUUCUUUAUUUUUAUUUGGAGGGGGGGGGGGGUUUGCACAUCUCAUCACACGCUCACCACAGAAGCUUUCAAGAUGGCAGAAAAGAAACGCGUUUAGAGUCAAUUUCCAGUUGAAAGCAUCACCACCUCCCAUGCAAUAGACAUAUGCGUGUGUCUUCAUUAAGUAGGAGUGUCUGACUAAUACUAGCCUGCAGACUCGUGCAUGUGUAGUAGGACUGUCCUGUCCCAUCACUAUUCCAUUGUUGGAGCCCAUCCCAGGUGCAUUGUGGGAGAUGUGUCUUGCAUCGCUCUCGGGCCAUUCCUAACACUUGCCCCCUCUUUUUUCAUUUUUUAUUCCGUUAACCGACUUUUUAUGGCGAGAGACGGACAGACAGACUCGACUGACCUGAUCUGAAAGCAUCUUUCAGGUUACCAUAUAGGCUUGCUAAAGCCCCGUGUAAAAUAUGUGGAAAAUAAUAAUGGAUGGAUGGGGGUCUCUCACAUAUCAAAUGUGGAAAGUCUAAUUUUAUAUUUGUAUUUUCAAAUAAUAAUAUUGACAAAAAAAUUGUCUGUGAAAGGUUUCCAUCCUCUACUGUGGUCCAGAAAUUGAUGUGUCUGUCUGGAAAAUAAAUACAAUAAACUGAAUUGUUAUAUGA